AUGAUGAAAGAAUACUACACAUGGCUGUUUGCAGCCUGCGCUCUCUUUUCUUGCACUACCGCUGCGAAUUCCACAUUGAGCGAAUGCCUCGAGUCUCGCCAAGUUCCUGUAUAUGCUGCAGGCACCAAGAACUAUACUCAGGCAGUCAAGCCCUUCAACCUUCGUUUACCAUUCAAGCCGGCUUCCUACGUUGUACCACAAACAGUGAAACAAGUCCAAGAUGCCGUAUCCUGCGGGGUUGAGAGUGGUGUCCAAGUCACUCCGAAGUGCGGAGGCCACAGCUAUGGAUCACAUGGUCUUGGAGGCGAAGAUGGACACUUGAUCGUCGACAUGCGCCGCUUCAACAGUGUCACCGUUGACCAAGAAGCACACACAGCUGUCAUAGGAGCUGGUGGUAGACUGGGUAACAUUGCUCUGGCUCUUUACGACCAAGGCAAGCAAGCCAUCAGCCACGGAACAUGUCCUGGUGUUGGUGUAAGCGGUCUCACUCUUCAUGGAGGCUAUGGCAUGUCAUCUCGCCUGCACGGCCUUACACUCGACCAACUUGUCUCUGUAACUGUCGUCCUCCACAACAGCAGCGUAGUAACCGCGUCACCAACCUCGAACCCAGACCUCUUCUGGGCCCUACGAGGCGCAGGCGCCGCCUUCGGCAUCGUCACCGACUUCAAGUUCAAAACGUUUGACGCCCCCGAAAGCAACCUCGUAUUCUCCUACAACCUCUCCCCAUCCAACACAUCGCAACUCGCCAACAUCCUGACCGUCCUCCAAAACUUCACCAUCCACGACCAACCCCCAGAGCUAAACAUGCGCAUGUUCCUCCCCAACCAACUAACCGGCGUAUACUACGGCAACCGCAGCGCCUUCGACACCAUCAUGAACCCGCUGCUUACCAAACUCAACAUCCCCCUUGAGGGACGCGGCGCAGGUACCGUCUCAACGAAGAAAUGGAUCGACACUUUGACGUCCUUUUCCAAUGGCCCGUUGCCCCAACCCGAAAUAUACGACUACCACGAGAACUUCUACGCCAAGUCCCUCAUGCCGGAAUACCUCUCCCCCGCUGCCAUGACCGCCCUCGCAGACUACUACUUCACCACCGCGCGCAACAUCCGGGGCCGAUCCUGGUACCUCCUCAUCGACAUGCACGGCGGCUCCGGCUCCGCCAUCUCCAAAGUACCCGCGGACGAGACGUCGUACUCGCACCGCAACGCCGUCUUCAAAAUGCAGUUCAACGACCGCAUUUUCCCUGAUUCCGCGACGUAUACGCCUAAGAUGAUGGAGUUCUUGAACGGCUGGGUCGAUGCGAUUGAGAAGGCGAGCGAGGGCGAGCAGUUUGGCAUGUAUAUCAAUUAUGCGGAUACGAACCUUACCAAGGCGGAUGCGCAUUCGAGGUAUUGGGGGGAGCAUUAUGAGAGGUUGGUGGGGAUUAAGGGCGUGUAUGAUCCGCAGAAGGUGUUCGAAGGGCCGCAGUUGGUGGGCAGCUAG